CUCUCUCCCACUAUCCGACAUCUUCGAAAUGGUGUUAGUUGUCAAGCUCGCAGUGGACAUUUUUUCGUGGUUAUGUUCAUCUGAAUCGCAAAGUAUCGAACCAAGACCCAAAUCAAACAAGGAAACGAGUACUUCUGGGUAGGAAGCAAGCCUGGCUGAAACGUGGUGAUGUAACUUUGUGUGCGCGAUUGGAAAGAGCGGAAAGAAAAAGAAGUAUCAAAAAUUCCAUUCGCUCUUUACGACGUUCGUGCCGUUGCUUUUUUCGUGCUACUUUGCAAAGAUCUAAUAUGGCGCAGUAGAUUCUGUGUGUAAUUUCGUGGAUGGUAUCAUUUUCAGACAUCUAAUAUGGACCGAACAACGUUCACGAUUUGGGACCCAUCUCAGCCGAACGCGAAGAUGAGAAUCAUAAACAUUCCCGGUCAGAGCACUGCACAGAUAAUUGACUCUGUUUCGGAGAUUGACAAAGCUGCCGGAUCAGCAUCAACGGGAUCUGAGCAAAUAAUUUUUCAAACUCACGAUGGACAAGAGUUUCUUGUUGACGAAAACGAAAUUGGGCGAAUCGAUCAGAUUCCACCGGAAAAUCUAAUCUAUAUGGCUGCUGACGAUGGUUCGAUUAUCCAGGGUGAAGUUGUUCACGUGCAGGAGGAAGGUGAACCAGUUGAGCAACACAUCCACGAGGAGAUGGUGGUUCAGCAGGGCGAAGAAUAUAUGGAGUGCGAAGUAACUGAAGAGGUCAUUACCGACGAUUGGGUCCAAACGGAUGGUCAAGAUUGCGUUCAGGUUACCGUAGAUCAGUUAGGAACGACGGCAGUGAUUGGUAACAUGGAGGAUGAAGUAACUGUUCCACUUCCUACAGAUCAAGACGAGUACACUACUUCCCGCCCGUACCCCUGCGAUUUUUGCAGUCGUCGAUUCAGGAAGAAAGCAAACCUAAUGAACCACAUGGUUGCUCAUUCCAACGAUAGGCCACAUGUGUGCAAUCUUUGCGGAGCACGUUAUAUGCGCAGAUGUGAUUUGUUGAAUCAUUUGAAGUCGCACGCUUAUUCUACAGAGGAUCACGAAGAACCGCUGAGAAGCGAUCCGGAGGAUGAUUAUGACUACGAACUUUCUAAUUCUUCCCCUACGACAUUAGAACGACGCUCCCCGUCUGUAGAAGAGGAUGACGAUCUUUUGGUUCCAGCUCCAAACCAAUACCGGACACCAAAAGCAAAAACAACGAAAAAAUCUCGUGUCAAAUCAAGUGGGAGUGCCGGAAGGUCGAACAAGAAACCCACCUCGACAAACAAUCGAGCGCAGCAAUUCGAGAGCAAAUUCAACGCCUCAGUUGAACCAUUCGUGAAUCUUCCGCCACGGUUCCCGGUUACAGAUGAGCGAAAACCUUUCGUCUGUCAGCAUUGCGGGGUUUCCUUCGCGCGAGAAAAAGCUCUAGCAUCGCACGCUCGCAUUCACGGGGGUGACUGUCAGUUUGAAUGUGAAUCGUGCGGGGAUCGGUUCUGGGAUAAAACGAUGCUACAGAAUCAUGUUAGACAACGACAUGCUGCGAAUUUAGUAGUCGCCUGGACUGAGCAAUCAGGUUCGACUACCUAUAACUCGAUACUUUCGGAGACGGUAAAAAUGAGCGGUGAUGAUGACGGUGGCGAGCGUCAGUACUACUGCGACAGUUGCGGGACCGUCUUUCAGAAGCCAGAUCAACUCAAACGCCACAUUAAACAAACCCACAGCGUGAAAGAACAAAAGAACGAGCCCAAUAGUCAGAUCGGUCAACAGCAAACAGUGACUGAAGAUGAUGAAGAGAGUGACGAUGAUCGGUACGAUGCAGAUGAAUCGCAACAGCCGUUAUCUUGUAAUGUAUGCGGUGAGACAUUUGCUGAAGCACUGGAUUUGUUAGCCCACGCAGAAAUUCACGCUCGCUCCGGACCACACAAAUGUCAACUGUGCAGGGAAACAUUCGAGAACGAAGGUGCCAUUAAGGAGCACAUACAAAAGUUUCAUAGUACCGAACUAACGGACACCAGCUGUGUGAUUUGUGGAAAGUGUUGCAAAAAUCAUGCCGCCUUGCUGAAACAUGCCUGGGAACACUCGCGAGACCGAUCCAACUAUGGCUCGCACUGUUGCUCUAGGUGCGGUAAGACUUUCUACAACAAGGCACGCCUAAAACGGCACAUGGUUUCCCAUCGAAACAAAUCGGUCAAGUGUGAGGUGUGCUUGGAAGAGUUUCCAGACGGCAGAAGUUUGAUGAAUCACAGACACUCGCAUACAAAAUCUAGGCAGUUUCCCUGUAGUGAAUGUGGGAAAACUUUCGGCUCGAGAUCUUCGCAGCAAAUCCAUCUGAGAAUUCAUUCCGGUGAACGGCCGUAUGGUUGCAGGUUCUGCUGGAAAGCCUUUGCCGACGGCGGUACUCUUCGUAAGCACGAGCGUGUUCAUACUGGCGAAAAACCGUACGGAUGUUCCGUAUGCCCACGAGCAUUCAACCAGCGAGUUGUGUUGCGAGAACACAUCCGCUCCCAUCAUUCGGCCCCGGAUACCAAACUGGGAACUAGCGAACAGCCCUAUUUUUGCUGCGUAUGUACGCAGUUGUUCGGAACUUCAGUGGAUUUGAUACAGCAUUUAAUCCAACACAGUGAUCUGAACACAGCAAUGAAACGGCAGCCGCCAACGUUCCCACGCAAGUACAAACGCAGGAAGAAGCUAAAUGCUCAUGAUACAGAAAAAGCUAGCCUAAGUAAAGGUAAAAGAAAGAAUGUCACACGUGUACAGGGUGAGCAACGCUCGGUGGGAAUGACAGAGGAUGAAGAAUUGCUGAAAAAUCCAGCGGAAAUAUUGCUUGAAUAUGGAACGGGUAAUUCCAAUAAAAAGCUGAUAGCUUCUCCAAAAUAUAUCAACUCUUUUGAAUUAUUAACAUCAGCUUCGGCAGUUCGUACUAAACCUUCCAACUUAGAUGACAGUGGCAUCAAUUUGUUAAGCGAUGUCGUGUUAGUCAAUAGUCUCGAUACCGAUUUGGAAGCCAAAUUCAAACCCAUAAAGACGGAAUCUCCCAAGCGUCGCACUACCAAUGCUUCCAAUAUCCAAACAAACGCAUCCUCGUUAGUAUCGCGUCCUCGAAUGAUUCAUACCCAGAAAACUAGAAUAUCGAUAGUAGAUGGAAAGCGCAAAACUAAAACGAUCAUAACCAAAGACAUCAAAAGUCAACCAGAUGGCGAUGGAUACUCUACGUUGGAAUUCAAACGUACCAAAAAUCGGUCAGUUCCUACGUACAAAGAAAUUCCAUCCGACAAGAUUUCCUCGGAAAGUUUUCCUCUGCUGGAUGACGGCCGUGAAGAUGACGGUGAUGCAGAGGACCCACCAGACGGGAACGAAGAAGCACUAGAUGUUUUAUCUAAUGGUACCGAUCAAAAGCAAACUGUGCCCGGAUAUGAAGAUCUUCUCAACCAGAAUCUGCUAAUGGAAAUCUCUCGGAAAGAUAAAUACAUCGAUAAAUACAACAGCGAUAUUGUUAAUGAUUUGGAGGAAAUUCUUCGCUCACCUAUCAAAAAUGCCACCAAUUUUUUGUCUACAGUUGCCAUAACAGCACCUCCCAAAACAAGCCAGUAUGUAGUACAGAGUGAUUCACCAGAGAGGAUUAGCAGGGAAAUCAGGGCAGACGCUCAGCGUUCGCUAACAUCGGAACUUCGGAGUCAGCGUCUAACUCGACGACAACUGGAACGGGAAGUUAAUUUUCUACGUGAAGCGUACGCUACUGACGAUACGACUGUAACUAUCAAGCAAGAGAAAGAUAGUCCCGAUAAGCUAUCCGCUAUGCUGCUGAAUGAUGUUCAAUCGGCGACUGUCUCCUCUUCAUCAACACUGGUUAACCUCAAGGUGGAACCAGUGCAAUCCACGCCGACGGAAGCUGCAGAAUCAAGCGAGCCGAACCGAUUCGAAUGUGAAAUGUGCUCGGCCGUAUUCGAAGACCGAUCCCAGCUGCUGCUGCAUGUGCCGGUUCACAUAUAAUGUGGUUAUAACAAAUACUGUUAUUUUUUGCUGCUCUAACUGGCAGAUAAAAUUGCCAUUUAGGAUUGAGCUACAAAACCAACAUAUGCAAAAUUGUAAACAGAAGUUGGUUCAUGUAUGUACAUUAUAAAUAAAUUCAAAUAAA